AUGGAUGGAUUCUAUGGCAACAAAUUUAAAAUGAAGCUUUCCAGAAUUUUCACAUUGAAGCAUGCUCUAGACAAAGGAUACGAUAACUGGACAGAAUGGGGAUGGCUCCACGAAAAGAUGGGCAUCAGCAUGAAUGCUACCGAAUACCACCUGGGAUCAUCUGGACUACACCUGGUGUGGACAAAUAUGUACGACGUAUUUUUCCAUGAUAAGACGUUUGAAUGGCGUACAAUCAAAGGUGGAAUGAGCCGUUUUACAAACGCAUUCCUACCCAUGCUUGGAGAUAAGAUUCGCUAUAACACCAGAGUGUCUAAAAUCGAAUUUUUUCACCAAAUUUACGACGAUGACAACGAAGCUUUUUGGAAAAACGAUCCAUCCGAUAAAGUGUACCAAACCAAAUCAUUUGAUAAUGUCAUUGUUUCGGUACCAUUUGUAGUGAUGCGCACAUGGCAUUUACCACAAGCGUUGCCCUACACAUUGAAACGCGCCAUCCAAAACCUGGAGCAUGGCGAUUCCUGCAAAGUCAUUCUAGAAUUCGAAACGCCAUUCUGGCAAUACUAUGAUGAAAAGCCCAUACUAGGAGGCUGCGAUAGUACAGACUUGCCCAUUGGUCUUGUAUGCUAUCCAACGGCAGCAGUAGCUAAGAAGAAGGGUGUUGACUACAACGACGAUAGAGGAUAA